GCAGUGCUGCUGCCCUCCCUCCCUUCCUCCUCUCGCUCUCUCUCACUCGUCCUACAUGAGCCACACACAACAGUGAGCCUGACUCUUUAACUCCACACUCGGCUGCACAGACAGACCCAAGAAUCACACUCUGCUCUCCUCUGGUGUGCUUCUCAAGCUUCCCUCCAUUGGAUAUUUCUCCCUGGGUGUUUCUUUUUAUUUAUAUAUUUUUGAUUUUUUUGUGAAUGGGCAUCAGUAGCCGGUGUGCGGAGCUUGUGAAUGGACUGACUGCCCCGGCUGACUGACUGACUGAUUGACAGGCUGGCAAAGAGAGAGGUGUUUGAGUUAAAAAGGGCAAUGCAGAGAGGUCAAGCGAGGAGCAGCGGAGCCUCUUAGUAGCCUGGAAAUACAAAAGACACGUGAGGCGAUUCGAGAAGCUCAAGAUAACCAAAAGAGAAGAGAAUGGUGCAUCACAGAGAAGAGGACCUGAUCGGGAUCCCCUUCCCAAACCACAGCAGUGAUGUCCUCUGCAGCCUCAACGAGCAGCGUCGUGACGGGCUGCUCUGCGAUGUCAUCCUCAUCGUUCGUGACCAGGAGUACCGCACUCACCGCUCAGUGCUGGCAGCCUGCAGCCAGUACUUCAAGAAGCUCUUCACAGUGGCCACCACUGACAGUGGAGACCACCAUCACACAGCAGCUGUGUACGAAAUCGACUUUGUUGCUCCAGAGUGUCUCACUGCCAUCCUGGAGUUUGCCUACACUUCCACCCUGACAGUGACGGCGUCCAACGUUAAAGAGAUCCUGAACGCAGCGCAGAUGCUGGAGAUCCCUUGUAUCAUCAACGUCUGCCUGGAGAUCAUGGACAGCGGGGGUGGAGGUGGUGAAGGAGGCGGAGGAGGGACGAUGGAGGAGGGGGAAGAAGAUGAAGAGGAGGAGGAAGACGCGGAGGAUGAUGAGGAAGAGGAAGAAGAGGAGGAGGAUGAAGAGGAGGAUGGUGGGUCAAGGAAGGAUGAGCAGGAGGAGGAGGACAAUGUCAGCGAAAGGUCGCUGCAGUCGUCGGAGAGCAGGGGGGCACGGACACCUCAUGGGACGGGGGACUCGUCUCCUCCGGGAACCUCCCAGUUCCAGCAGCAGUUUGAUCUCCACAGAGAGUCAUCCCAGAUGCAGUCUCCAGACACCAUGGGAGGAAAACAGGAGAGUAUGGAGAGUAGGGUGCUUAAGGAUUUCUCCAUUGAGUCCCUUCUCCAAGAGGGACUGUACCCUCGUAUGUCAACACUGGACAGGAGGGCCAACUUCUCUCCUCUCCUCCCAGGCUUCUACCCCUCCAUAUGGACCGCAGAGUUCCCGGCCUUCCCCAAGCAACUCCUAGACCCAAGUCAGCACCAGCAUCCUCAUGCAGGAUCAUCACUGCAAUCCAGACUCCCCAACACCUUCCCCACCUCUGCUCCACAUGAGGCCUCAAGGCCUCUGGAUCUAGCUGUGAAAAGAGAGGUCAUAAAAGAAGAGAUGAAAGAGGAAGUCCCUCUCAGUCUGUUACACGGAAAUUUCCUGAAGGAGUUUGCCAACUCAGGUCUGGGAAGCCCCAUAAGUGCUGGGUCAGCGCCGUCGGAAGGCCACGCUCUGGCUCCAAUUAAAGAUGAAGCCGACUUUCGGUCGUAUCUGAGUUUCCUGAGCUCCGCAUCCCAACUUGGGUCGCUGUUCCCCCCCUGGCAGAUGGAGGAGGAGAGGAAGAUGAAGCCCAAAGCAUCGCAGCAGUGUCCGAUCUGUAACAAGGUCAUCCAAGGGGCAGGGAAGCUGCCUCGACACAUGAGGACUCAUACGGGCGAGAAACCUUACAUGUGCACUAUCUGUGAAGUGCGGUUCACCAGACAAGACAAACUGAAGAUCCACAUGAGAAAGCACACAGGUGAGCGCCCGUAUAUCUGCCUCCACUGCAACUCCAAGUUUGUCCACAACUACGACCUGAAGAACCACCUGCGAAUCCACACAGGGGUCCGUCCAUACCAAUGUGAGCACUGCUACAAAAGUUUCACACGGUCCGACCACCUACAUCGACACAUCAAGAGGCAGAGCUGCCGCAUCUCCCGCCCUAGAAGGGGACGAAAGCCAGCCGCUUGGCGAACCACACCUACUAGCAACUUCCUGUGCCCCCCUGCUGCUGCCAACAACCGGUUUGAAGAGAACGGGUUAAGCUCGGCGUACCAGGGGGUAAAGAGCCACGGACUUGGGGAGAUGCUCGGUCUUUCGAACAGGGGCCUGGGUUUUAAGAGUGGGGACGGUGCAAGCAGGGAGAGCAGGGAGGAACGACGAGCAGAGGGGAAGCACAUCGCAGAGGAGGAGACGGCAGGAUCAGGGAGGCAGAGGGGAGUGUUUGCCUUCGCCCUGGCUGGAGAAGAAGUGCUUACCCGUUCUCCAUUUUACACUCCAACCUCAGACCCCUGGACCAUGAGACUGGAGCGUGCUCCACCUAUCCCUGAGCCGGCCAAAUGAACCACGGUUCGUAGAAGAAAAAAGGACUGGAAAGAGAGCAAGUUUAGUCUGCUCUGCUCUGGGACGCUAAAGCACCUUGUUAAAAAGUGAAAGAGAUCAAUGAACCUUUUACCGCCUGCUGAUGUGGCAGAAUUAAGGCCGUUUUUUUAUUUGUAUUUUUGUUAAACACAGUCAAAUUAAAUAAUUCACAGGUGUCAUGUUGAAUAGUUUCAGGCCUGUGGAUGUUUACAAUCUUUUAUAGCAUUUAAGAAGAAGCGAACAGUUCAACACUGCUAGUGAGGAUGUCAGAACAAUGUUAUGUAUGAACUGCUUUAUUUAUCUACACUUUUGUCUUUUAAUUCAGAAAGUUGAAAACCCUACAAUGUUGUCUGAUGCAAGAUAAAAUGAGGCUUUAAUAUUUCAAAUUAUACAUAUGCAAGACCAUAGAACUCAACACCCAGGGCAGUACCUGUUUGAAUUGUAACAAUGAAGAAUUAGUGACUAUUAUGAAUGUAAACAAAAUCUGUACGUGUACACGAACCAUCAAAAUGUGAUUGAUAAGUUGUUGAUUUUUUUAACAUUUCAGUUACGAAAAAAGAAGGGUAGUUCAGUAGACAUAUAAAAUAAUUAAAAGUUGAAUAAAUAAUUUAGCCAAUAUUCUAAUUUAGUGUUUACGUGUAAAAAAAGAUCCUCUUGAAAAACAUUAAGGAUUCUAACAGCAGGACAUAGUCUGGCACAUGUCCUGCAUAUACGUUUCAUUCUAACAUGGUUAUUUAAAUUAUAUUACAAAAGAAAUGUAACCCACUUGAAGUCUAAUAAAUCAGGAUUUUUGAUAAUGUGUUAUUUUCCUCUAGCGCCUUGUUCUGAUUUAAGCUCUUGUCUGCACUAUUGUACAUAAACUUUUUUGGCCAUGGUGGUGUUAAUUAUGGUUGCAAUGCUGAUGAUGUAAAACAAAGUUAUAUGAAUAUACGUAUAUAUUGCUCUUAAGAGACUUUGAGGCAUCCAUCCAAAGACAUGUACUUUGAUAUUUCUCAGACUUGAAUAAGACUUUGUUUUAAUGUUUUAUGAAUUUGUGUCUUCACAGGAUGUGUAUUUCUGGCUAACGAACUGCCGCUUUAGCUACUCAGUAUGCUUGUGUUUUUUCUGCUGCAUUGAAUCAAGUGGGCUGAAGCCCAGUUUUUUUCAUAUAAUGUUCAUCGCCUGAUUUGUGUAUAAAGAAGUUCAAAAAUGAUUUAAAUUGAAAUGGGAAAGUAUUUUCUUGCUAUUUAUGCGUAUUUAAAUGAAUGAGCCUUGGCUAUAUUUUGCAAAUCUGUUUUAUAAAGACACUAAAUGUUGAA